CUUUGCAAUUCCUGACUCGCAUAUGCACGAACGCACAUGUACGUACAUGCGGACAUCCAUCAUCAAGGACGCGUGAGCCACGGACACUUAUAAUUCGAUACAAUUCGUACUAAACUACUACUCACCACAGCAAUUCAAAUUCAAGAGUAAAACCUAUUUCUUUAUACGUUUGAUUACUUUUUCUCUUUGAUAUUUCAAUCAACAUUUCGACUAUAUUAAAUUAUGCUGAUUCACAAAUAAACGUAAUAAUUGAAACAUUCAUCUUUAGUCGAGUUAUGGACGCGCGCAAUUCAACUAAAGAUGAAUGUUUUAAUACACACAUAUAUUGCUUAUACAUUAUGUAUUUUACACGUAACAACAAUUAUUAAGUAGUUUUGCCCACAUUUACCGUGGAUUAAUUAAAAAAUGUUUAUCAAGUUUAUAUAUAUAAACUUGAAUUAUAUAGCCUACAGGCCUUGAGAGCGGCCCAAUAAUUAUUACACCUCUUUGAUUAUUUUAUGAAAUGAUUCACACCAACUUAUAAUUUGUAUUGACUCUCAUUCUCGACGACAAAAGUUUGCGCUAUCAUUAAUAUUCAUUAUUAUUCUUGAUUCAUUGUCGUUGAAACGUGCAACAAGGAACUGACGAUCUUCGUGUCGGCCGAUCAUAGAAUUGUUCUUAGAAGCGGGAUAUCGAUUCUUGCCGAAGAGUUCCGAAAGCAGCCGAACUCGUCGCCAAAGUGACAUAGAGUGUAUGUGUGAGCGCACGAAUGCGUACAUGCUAGGAGUGGUACGCGGUGGAUGGUGAUAAAUCUCGUUGCAAAGUUGUAACAAAGAUCGAUCAUCGUGGCCUAACCUUGAAGGCGUUGACUCGCCACGAUUCGAUCGCCUGACGAGAACGCAUCUUGAGCUCUUUCUAACUGUUCAGCCGAUUCUUUCAACAUGGUCACUCCUCAAACUCCAGGAAUAGACCCCUGGGUGAUACAGCCUAGAGAAAGAAUGAGAUAUCAAGAACAGUUUGAUUCGUUGAAACCAAACAAUGGGAUUGUUACCGGAGAACAAGCUAAAGGAUUCCUUCUUCGAUCCCAACUUCAACCUGCUAUUCUUGGACAGAUAUGGGCAUUAUCGGAUACAGAUGCGGAUGGAAAAAUGGAUAUAAAUGAGUUCAGUAUUGCGUGCAAGCUGAUCAAUUUGAAAUUACGCGGUUUUGAAAUUCCCAAAGCAUUACCACCUAUUCUUGUGCAAAGUUUGAAAUCCUUCUCAACUGUUGAUACCAGUCUGACUGGAUUGACAAAUGGAUCAGCUCCCUCGCCAAGCAAUAUUGGUUCUCUAGUGAAUUUGAGUGGUCAUCAAGCAAUACCUCAAAGCACAGUAUCCGGAGGUACAUCACAUCCUCUUAUAGCAUUACAACAAAGUAGACAGAAUAUGGCUGCACACGCUACAACUCAUAUACCGUCAAAGCCACCUGCUCGACCUGUGCCACCUUCUGUGGGAAUCGCGUCUCCCCUGAGUACCGCCGCCGUCGGUGGUCCCCCGCAAAGGCCCGCACCACCCGCAAAUAUUGGGAGUAACUUUACGUCUGCGACGAGUGGCCCGCCUCCAAAACCGGCACCACCUUCAUUUCCAAAUAGUCCUGUUGCAGCAGGUAUUUCGCCGAUAAAGGUCCCGUCAUCCUCCGCCGGUGCGUCGUCAGCAGCCAGUUCUUCUGUGGUUCCGUCUGCUGCAUCGGGUAUUCCAACGGUAGCGUCGAUCGUUCCUUUCGACACAAAUCCCAUGCCAAUGACUGCCUUUAAUAUGACACAAGCAUUGCCAACACAACCACUAUGUACCGCAGUUGCUUCUAUGACCGGAAUUCACACCGUUGUACCACCACCACCACCACCAAUUGGAUCGAUAAAUACCGGUACUGGAGUUGCUACCUCGGCAUUAGCGUCCUCGACAAACGGUACAACAGCAGCACUAGUCAAUGGCGCUAUUACGCAAACGCCGGUAUCUACAAAUACUCCGCUAAGCACAACAGCACGUCCACCAAGUAUAGAUAGAGUAGGCUCAAUGGAUUCACAGCAUAGCUCAGUCAGUUCCCCACAGUCUGCAGAAUGGGCGGUACCACAUCAAACUAAACUAAAGUAUACUCAGUUAUUUAAUACUUGGGACAGAACUAGGUCUGGCUUUCUAUCCGGACCUCAAGCAAGGAACAUCAUGGUGCAAUCGCAAUUACCACAGCCUAUACUCGCUCAAAUAUGGGCUCUGGCUGAUAUGGAUUCAGACGGACGUUUGGGUUCCGAGGAAUUUGUUCUUGCGAUGCAUCUUUGUGAUAUCGCUAAAGCUGGUGAAAAAAUACCUACGGCGCUUCCGCCAGAACUCAUUCCACCCACAUUUAGACGGCAGCGUCAAAGCAGUUUGUCCCAAAAUGCGACAGAAAAUAUUGAUCCGUUGGCAGGCAUGCCACAGACUUCAUUCGAGGAUAAGCGAAAGGAGAAUUUUGAAAAGGGUCAAGCAGAAUUAGAACGCAGGCGUAAAGCGUUGCUGGAGGUUCAACGGAAGGAACAAGAAGAGCGUGAACGAAAAGAAAGGGAAGAGGCCGAGAAACAAGAGAAAAUAAGACUGGAACAGGAAAGACGAAGACAAGCGGAAAUCGAGAAGCAGAUGCUGAGACAAAAAGAAAUUGAACAGGAGAAGGAGGAACAACGAAAACGCGCGCAAGAACAAAGAGAAGCGGCACGCAAGGAAAUGGAGAGACAACGACAAUUAGAAUGGGAACGACAAAAAUCGCAAGAAUUACAAGCGCAAAGACAAAAAGAACAAGACGUUCUUCUCAAGUUAAAAGCAAAGAAUCAGACCUUGACCAUUGAACUUGGAACACUGAACGAUAAGGUGAAAGAAUUGUCACAGAAGAUUUGUGAUACUCGGGUAGGAGUAUCAGGUGUUAAGACAACCAUCGAUGGCAUGAGAUCAACGAGAGAUACACAAUUGCAAGAAAUGGCCGCUUUAAAAAAUAAACUGCGGGAGCAAAACCAGAGAUUGUUAGCAUUGAGUCAAGAGAAAGCACGUAUUGAAGCGAAAAAUAAGAUCAAUUCGGCGCAAGAUGCCGCUGGGCAGGAAGCUAUUAAAAUGGCAUUCGACAAUAAGCAAAUUACUCUUAAGCAAAUGAAGGAUAAAAUAGUGGAUUUACAGCAACAGAUUGAUUCGAAAAUGUCCGACAUUGAAAAUAAUAAUGCCCAACUUGAAGACAUUAAGACACAAAUGAAAAAUCUAAUAGCAGAUUGUAAGCAGCUUUAUGUGACUUUCGACGAAAAGAAGAAAAAGGUGCUCGAACUCAGGGCAAAUAACGUCUCGUCUGCUGAUUUUGCUACAUCCGCGUGGGGUGACAAUGCUUGGGACGAUGCGCCCACUGUAGCCGGCAGCGGCGACGACGACACAGCUUGGCCUGUCAAUGACGCUGCUUUGGCAACUGACUCCAUGGAUGAAACUGCUGUCAAUGGUGUCACCAAAUACAGAGCUCUUUACGAAUUUGUGGCGCGAAAUCAAGAUGAAAUUUCAUUUCAACCUGGUGAUAUCAUACUGGUACCACCUGUGCAAAACGCUGAACCAGGAUGGAUGGCGGGAGAAAUACGCGGUCACACUGGUUGGUUUCCCGAAUCUUACGUGGAGCCAGUGGAUACUACCAAUGGCGCUGGCGGACUGGCUGUCUCUGACAACGAACGGGCUUUCAUACAGCAGGAUAGUGUAGAGAAGAGAACAUUAGAGGGUAUAGCGGAAGUUCCGGAGAAUGUAUCCGAUGCAGGAUCAUUAGCGGGUGAAGCUCCGGUAGUGGAAGCUAUUAUACCUACUUUAGGAUCAGGCACAUCUUGUGAUAUACAAGCCGUUACCUUGUUUCAAUACCGACCUACCACGGAACAACAUCUUUGCUUUGAGAAAGGAGAGACCGUUCAUGUUUCUGAACAGCAGAAUGAAUGGUGGUACGGUGGUUCAACUAGUACUGGAAAUAACGGUUGGUUCCCCAAAUCGUACGUCAAAGAGACAAGCAGCAAAGAUACCUCGGCUGAUGGCCUUAAUGAAUAUUACGUUGCACUUUAUCGAUACGCAUCGGCGGAAGCCGGUGACCUUAAUUUUAAUCAGGGAGAAAUUAUAUUGGUUACGAAAAAGGAAGGAGAUUGGUGGACUGGUUGUAUAGAGGAGAAAACUGGCAUUUUUCCGUCUAAUUAUGUAGAAAAAUACGACGCUCCUCACCAGGAAGGGACGUCUACUAACAUUCACGAGUCCAGUGUUACAACCGCGGAAACAAGGAACGCAGAUUAUGAGAGUGCUGCCCCGCCGACAACUGCGGGAUCUGUAGUAGAGAAAACAGAGGAACAACUGGAAGAUGAGAGAGCAGCAGCUGAGGAUAGAGAAGAAUUACCCGAUUUUACCGCUAUGGCUGCACAACAGAGAGGAAGAAAACCAGAAAUUGUUCAAGUUAUCGCACCAUAUCAAGCAACUAGCGCGGAACAAUUGGACUUGCAACGAGGACAAUUAAUAAUGAUUCGUAAAAAAACUGACAGUGGAUGGUGGGAAGGAGAGCUUCAGGCACGCGGUAAAAAAAGACAGAUUGGUUGGUUCCCAGCAACUUAUGUAAAACCUUUGACCAGUAGUAGCAAUAGAAGUACACCUGUCUCUCAUGGAUAUCAAGAUUCUCCAACGGAUCCAAAUAUCGAACGGGUUAUGGCUCUGUAUCCCUAUCAAGCACAAAAUGAGGACGAAUUAAGUUUCGAAAAGGGCGACGUUAUAUCAGUACUUGGUAAAGAAGAGACUGCAUGGUGGAGAGGCGAGUUAAAUGGUGUAUCUGGUGUCUUCCCGAGCAACUACGUGUCACCUAUGUUGAAUGAAUCGGUGAUCGAUACAAUAUGUCACGAUCCUAUGGAAAAAAAACGCCAGGAACAUAUUAAAGAGCUAAUUGUGACUGAACAAGCUUACAUAGAAGAUAUGAGGCUAGUACAUGAGGUUUUCGAGAAACCGUUGAUCGAAAGUCUAGUCUUGAGCGUCGAUGAAAUAGAAAAAAUAUUUAUUAAUUGGAGAGAUAUUAUCGCGUGUAACGACAACUUUUUAAGAACAUUACGAAUAAGAAGAGACAAUAGUUAUGGUGGAAUAGUUAGAAUGAUUGGAGAUAUAUUAUGUGAAAAUAUACCUAGGAUGUCAGCUUACAUAAGAUUUUGCAGCUGUCAAAUAUCUGCUGCAAUGUAUUUGCAAUGUUUAACAGAAACUUCGCAGGAAUUUGUUCGAGUUGCGCACGCGUGUCAACAAGAUCCACGAACGAAGGGAAUGCCGUUGAGUUCAUUUUUAAUUAAGCCGAUGCAAAGAAUAACCAAAUACCCGCUUAUUAUUAGCAAGAUCUUAGAAUACACGCCGAUCGAUCAUCCCGAUAGGCAAUAUCUUCAAGAGGCAUUGGCAAAAUCCGAGGAAUUUUGUAUUCAGGUAAAUGAAGGAGUAAGAGAGAAAGAAAAUAGUGAUAGGUUGGAAUGGUUGCAAACUCACGUGGUAUGUGAUGGUCUUGAAGAGCAACUUAUUUUCAAUUCUUUAACUAACUCAUUAGGCCCACGGAAACUUAUACAUUACGGUAUACUUCAUAAGUCAAAAAGCGGUAAAGAACUCGUUGGCUUUCUUACAAAUGAUUUCCUGCUAUUCGUCCAACCGGUGAAAUUCUCCCUGUCGAGCUGUCAACAAUUUUCAUUUGAACGUAACGAACAUCAAAAGUUUAAGAUGUAUAGGAAGCCAAUAUUUCUCAACGAAUUGUCUUUGCUCGGAGAAAGCGAUGGAAACGGAAACAGUAAUCUGAGCGGAAAUGACGUAGCCGACAGUUCAUCGAAAACCCUAAGACUGAAAGACCUAAAGAAGCCGAUAAUAUUAUUAGCACCGUCUUCGAGCGAGUGCUCAUUGUGGACGAAACGAAUCUUAGAGGCGCGUAGAAAAUUUUUAGAAAACGAGAGGAAUUGCCUGCAGAGACAACGGUCGAAGCAGGCGCAAUUUGGAGCGUGCGGCAGAAUCCUUGUCACUGUGCUCGAGGGCUUCAACUUGAAAGCCCCAUCCGUUCGCAGGAGAACUCCCGAAGGUAGGCUGCGACUAGUAGUUGUGGAAGCUGAAGAUCUUGUCUAUGGCAGAAAAGGAAAAUGUAAUACAUUUUGCAAAGUGUCUAUGGGAUCUCAAGAGGAAAGAACCGGUGUCGUAUCCGGGACUGAUUGUCCUUUGUGGGAUGCCUCGAUGCAAUUCCAAGUAAAAGAUUUACUGGAGGAUACUCUCUGCAUCACAGUAUUCGAUAAAGGAUACUACAGUCCUGACGAGUUUCUUGGCCGCGCCGAAAUCAGAGUGGCUGACAUAAUGAGAGAUAGCAAGGAUUCCUGUGGACCGAUCCAAAAGAGGAUAAAGUUGCGUGAAGUCGAAAGCGGCGAUGUCGUUCUCAAGCUUGAUCUUCGGCUAUUUGGUAACAGAUGAAAUGCAUAGUGCGAAUCUAUCUAAUUGUAUGCGUAAAAAAUGUACAGGAUUUACGAGGAAACGUGUAGUGGCAAAAGGCGCUAAAGCCAAUUUUUUUCUAUCCUUUUUUUCUUUUUGGAAGAGAAAUUUUUAGCAUGUGGUGAAUAAUCGCGUAAUUUCAUUCUUACACGACAUGUGAGGAUACACAAAAAAUGUAUUUGUGAUAUAAUAUAGGUUACUUUUUGCGAACUUUUUUUUACAAUCUCUAUCGAUUUUGAAGGAGGAGGAGGAGGAGAGAAGUUGCCUGCGUUU